AGACAAUAUUGGCUAAAAAAGGUUUGGUUUCUACGUCAAAACAUGUCGGGGAAUGAACAAUCCUUUGAAGCUUGAGCUAAAGAAUGCUAGUUAAAAAACGGUACUUUAUUCAAUUCUAUGGCGAACAUACAUUCUCCAUCACAACACAAAGAUGGGAAUUCAUCCAGUAGCUUUAACCAACCAACAGUUGUGAAUUAUGGAAAUUAAUAAGUCAUUGUACAAUGAUAGAUGUACAUUCUCAAGAUAGUCUGAGAGUGAACAGCCGAGUAUAAAGAUGAUGAGCGCGUCUUCAACAAACAAAACAAUAAUUGAAAAUAUGAACUAUCUCUCUGUCAAUGGCAACGAGCCUAAUUUCACACCAGAAGAAGAUCGUUCAAAUGUCGUAAUUCGUCGGAACUCGUCAUUUGAAUCAAGGGAAAGAGAAAAAUUUCAAAUGAAGUCACAAAAUUGCGAGAGUGAUUACGAAUGUAUGUCAAUACCAGGCAGAUUUUCCUUCAGCAGUAGCCGUGAAAGUCCAACUGAUUCUCUUAAUGAUAAAAUUUCCCAUGUCACGUUGCCUUUGGGCUCGUUUGCUGGUCGGCUGAACAUCGGUCGUUUGAGUUUAUGUAGCAAGAGAAGCAGCCAGUCAAGUAGCAUAUCAUCACAAGAUUCAGGUCGACAUUCAUGGGGGAAAUUACGAGAAAGUGUUGAUCUCAGCGAUAUUACAUCAUGUUCAUCUUUGAGACAGCCUCUUUAUGAGAACACAAGAUCUUUCUCUCCAGAACAUUUAAUGACGGGCCACUCGAAGCUCGAUGUGCCGGGAAAUCAUAUGGAAGUGAUCGCUGACGGAGAUAAUGAUAUUCCUCCUCCUUUGCCAAGCAGACGGAAUGAGCGUUUAAAGCCAAAAGUCACUGUACAACAACCUGAGAUGAUUGUGCCUUAUAAAGUUGUGGAUCUAGAUGAAUUACAGCGCAGUUUGAAAGAUAUUGAGCCACAUUAUAUACAUGAUGCGUCGGAACAAAUAGCUUUUAACCCCAAUGUAAGAAAAGAAAGCGAUGAAAUUAUCGACUUUAUUGAAGACGAUAUCCGGCCCGCACUACCACCAAAGAAAAGAACUUUAUAUCAUAGUCGAUCAGACUCGUAUUUUACAGUUUCUAAAGAUUACGAAGUCGUUAAGCCGACACCAUUGCCUAGAAAAAGUUCAAAGCUCAAUGAUUUUGGACAAAUUCAAAAUGAAAAUGAGCAAAAUGAUUCGAAAGUUGAACUGGAUGUGUCUCGUCACUUUCCACGUCGUAAAUCCUCACCAUUGAAUGGUGUUUCGACCAAAGCACGCAGUGAAUCGAUAUCUUCUCUUAUACAGCGUCCACCAAGAUCAGCCCCGCUUCAUCCUUGGACCCAGUCUCCCAAUGAAAAAGUCUCCACCCGACCUGUUUCCUAUUCUUUCUCAACAUCUCCUGGCACUGAUCUCUCUCCUUCAGUUCCACUGAAGCGUUCAAUGACUGUCACUGGUGUCCAGUCUUCCUUAGCACGUCUUCAGAUGAGUUCUUCAAUUCAGGAAAACGCGAAUAGUGACGAAGAUAUCCAAGAAAUAGAUGGAAAGGGGAAGGAAGAUAGAACAUCGAAAACUGGUGCUUUUUUCAAGAAAGCUUUAAGUAAUUUAAAAAGACCAGUGACAUGGAAAACUUCCAAAAAAGAUCUAAACUUGUCAAACAAUCUUCAACCGGAAAAUUUUUCUUCGAAUAUAACAUCAGAAUAUCAAACUUUUGUACACAAUCACCGAAAUGAUGAUUUGACAACAAUAUCAGAACCUUUGAUAAAUGAUGUUGAUUGUGUGGACAAAGCGAUUGAAGACGAUUACGAUGAAGUGUUGGAGCAGAAAAGUUUUCAUCCAGAAUUUGACGAGUUUACUAUAAAUAAUGUUGAUGAUACAUUAUAUUACAAUGUACCAGUGGAAGAAAUUGACAGAGGAAGAAAAAUCUUAACACCGAAAAAACCUCCUCGCAGUGGAUACCUUCAACCUUCAAUGUCACAAUCCACUAUCGAAAGAGAACAAGAGAUCAGUGAGAGCAUUACUCCCAAACUCGGUCCAUUACCCACUCCACCUGAAGAUACGAAAACAACUGAUGGAUACGAGGAAAUACCCACUUAUAUCGUCACUGAUCAUCAUAUGACUGUCCCUUGUGACAAACAUGUCCUUGAUGUCCCUGAAGUCGACGGUGAAGGGGAAUCAAGUAAAAAAUCAAAACCGGACGUUCCUCAGAAACCAAUGUUGAAGCCGAAACCCAAAAUUCCUGCUCGCUCUCUUAAGACAUAUGAGAAACCAACUGCAACUCCGCGAAAUACGGUGACAGGUUCCUCUACGAUACCUAGAUCUCGGAAAGUACCGACAGCUCCCGAGAAACCACGGCGUUUUAGCACACCUGCUGAAAACACCACUUCCUGCAAUCUUGUUGAUGAUAGCUUCACAGAUAUUCACCUGACUGUAUUGAAGGAUAUCUUACAAUGUUGGAAAAAGAAGCUACUUGAGCCCACGAUCAAUCUUAUAGGUGCUUGCUGGGAAGAUUUCGAAAUUGUUGAUGACGAUGCAGUAUUCAGCGUGGAUGAAGGAAUCCUGUCAUUACGGGUGAAAUUACGACAGGAAGUAAAACAUUUGGAGUGUGAUAAAUCAAAGGAACUAUACCUUGCUAAGAUCAAAUGCAAAAGUGCUUCAACACCCUCUCCAUUUGAUUAUGAUUACAGUGUAUCUACAAGCAUUCAAUAUCAUGAAAAUAUCUCUCGUGUUCUUGCCUACUUUCGUGGUGAGAUACCCGCAUCAUUCCUGGGAACUAAUGAUGACGACACUUCUCUAAUUCACACGACAAUUGCUCUUAGUGACCAGUCCCCUAUUCAAACUUGCGCGGAAUUUGUGAACCAGUUAAAGACGGUGGAUUGUGAAUUUGUUGGUGACUACGAGAGAAAAGCGUGUUUGUUGAUUCUACAAUGUUUGAAAGGUAUCGAGCAUUUACACAGCAUGGGCUACUCACAUAAUGAUUUGUCUCUAUCGAAGUUACUGCUCAUUCAACACGAUGGUGAUUAUCAAUUAUUGAUCAACAACUUUGGAAAAGCUGUAGGCAAUGAGCGUCAAAAAAGCAACGUUCCUAAUGAUGACUCAUUUAUAGAAACCAACUGUGGAAAAGAUUUAGUAGCUUUAUCUGAAUUAAUCUUGCUAAUGUUGCAUCAAGAUCACAAUGGUAAUAGUACCAAUUCCUUGAAACACACCACAUUGUCGUUACAUCUUCGUAAAGCGUCGGAAACACUUCGUGAUGGAUGUGGAGAUGUCAAAGAGAUGAUAGCUUUCCUACAGACGUUGUUGUGGGGACCUUCCAAAUUGAGAGAAGAUAUUGAGACGAUAAACGAAUCUCACGUAAAACAGUGGUUGGAUAGAGAAAGAGCUGAAUUUGUGGCUAAGUUAGCCUUAAAUGAAGCUAGAGCGAGGGUUAUUCAAGACAAAUCAAGAUUAUUUUCUAUGGAAGAUUAUUUAUACUGUGAAUAUUUAACCACGGUCACUCCAAUUUCUAUUGUUAGAACGGAAAAAACCUGGUUUCUUUCUACUUGAUUCACAUAAAAUGUGUUUUUUCUUCAGUUUACGUUCGAGUGAUUACACAAUUAUAAUUAUGUAGCAUUUUUAGUCGUGAAAUUUGAUUAUCAUCAUUUUGAAUGAAAAUAAAAACAACGUUAAAUUGUUUAAGAAUGAUUAAAAUUACAUAUACAAGACCUUUCUA